AUGUUACCCGAUUACCUGAAGGAGGAUUUGGAUAUUGUUGUGAUCGGCAUCAACCCUAGUUUGGGUUCUGGAAAUAUUUGUCACCACUACGCGGGUACCGGAAACCACUUCUGGACAUGUCUGUAUGAAUCUAGGCUAGUACCAGUGCCUGUUGAUUUCAAAGAUGAUGCAACAGUCCUAAAAUACGGAAUCGGUUUCACCAAUAUUUGUGCAAGAUCAUCUAAAGGCACCUCUGACCUAUCCCGGAAAGAUGUGAAAGAGGGAUCAGCAGCUAUGCUUGAGAAAAUUCGUCACUAUAAUCCCAAGAUUGCCGUUUUCAAUGGAAAAGGAAUUUACGAAACCUACGUUGGCCACAAAAACUUUAGUAUGGGCAAGCAACCCGAGCCGCUAGAAGGGACAAAUACCGUCAUUUUCGUCAUGCCCUCUUCAAGUGCCAGAUGCGCACAACUACCCCGGGCUGAAGACAAGUUGCCAUUUUUUGUCGCUCUGCGCAAACUGCGGGAACACUUGCGUGGUGAACGGCCGCACUUGGAGGAGGCAGAAGUCGUGUUCGCCGACUACACGGAGUUUCGCGUAACCACGCCUGAUCCUAAGAGUCUGCGCAAAGCGGAACGCCGUAGAAAACGCAAAUCCGAGGCAGCCGCUGCUGCAGCGGCGCUUGAGCAAUCAAACAGAGGACUGGAUGGAAGUGUCUUGGAGAGUGGUAUGUCAAAGUGGGGAUCACACGAAACUAGCACCUGCCAUCGUCGUGAGGUCAACCGUCUGCCUCGCCAUCACCGACGUCUGCCUCCACGACCCCCUUCCCUCCCUCCCACUAGACCUAUCUCUCUCUCUCUCUCGCCCUCCCUUCUCUCGUUUGGUCCUCGCUCUAACCGCCCGUGCCCCACUAACUCCGCACCGGUAAAUCGACCACCACCGCGUCGUGCCGCUGUCUCUCUCACCCACACACACGUGCACACGCGCCCUCCCUCUCUGUCUCUCUCUCUGCCUGCAUCGUCUCCUCGCAAGAAAAAAAAGCCGACUCCUGCUAUCAGCCUCCAGCAGUCGGACAUGGAUAUGGAAGCCAUGGCUACCGCUGCGGCCGGUGCCGCUGCCACCACCAAGAACAUCGCCGCGCCAUCAGCGUUUAUUUCGGCUGAGCAGUUUCAGCUCCAUCAGCAACAGCAACAGCAGCACCACUUUCAAACGCAAUCCCUGAUGCAAACCCACGCGCCAACAGCUCCACACCACGCGCAGCAGCUCUUCGCAAUGCAGCCCGCGGCGCAGUUUCACCCGCACCCGCAGCACCAGAUGUUUGUUUCAGCAAACGGUCAGCUGAUGGCAGCCACGCCAAUGGUGUCCAUUGCAAUGCCGACGGCCGGCCAGCAGGCCGCGGCCGCCGCUGCUGCCGCAGCCGCCGCCACAGGCUGCUACGGCGCGCCUUUUCAACAGUUCAUAAUGAGCCAAUCAGCGACGGGGCAGCCGGCGGGCAUGGUUGCCUGGCAACCGACCACUGCGUGGUCAGCCUAUCAGCACGCGGCGACAGCCACCGCGCCGCCUCCCCAGCAGACACCACAGCAAUUUGUGUUCGCGGGGGGUCAACCGGCAGCACCCGCGUACCCCCAACACGUCUACCUGGCUCCUGCGUCGAACCCGGCAUCAGGCACGCCCGCAUCCUACCACCUGCUGCCGGUCGGUUGUCACCCGCAGACCGGGUUUAACCCCCAGACCGGUUUCACGGGGGUCUUCGUGCCUGACCAACACCACGCACCUCAAGGCCACCAGCCUGCACCCCAGCCUGUGGCAGUCGCGGCGGCCGGACAGUCGUUGAUACCCUCAGUCGACCCCACACAGGCAGCCACAGCCCCCCAACAGGCCCCCCUCAUCACUCUGGGCAGCCCGCACUUCAAGGUCAUGGCGGUGGGUGCGGGGGGUCAGCUGAUACCCGCGGCAGCCGCCACCCCCUGUGUGCCGCACUUUGUGCCCCCACCAGCGGCACCGGUUGUGCCCCCGCAAAAGUCCCUCGCUGGCACCGUCAAGGUCUCCGCGGUCACCCAGACACCCAACUCCCUUCAGACCUCCUCUGUGCCCCUGGUCCAGACUGCCGCGGGAAGUGACGAAGGCGGACAAGCUGCGAGUAGUGCCUCCGAUGAAAAAGUCAUCUACAGUGCUCUGUGA